UGUAUUUUGUAAUACCCUUAGGUUCAACUUCAAAACAGAUAAUAAAUAUUUGACUUGGUUACCUUGUUAGAAAUUUUCGUUAAUUGACCAGUUUAACGUGUUUUUUUUUGCGUCAGGAGAGAGGAUCUGAAUACUCCUUCAAUAUUUUAGGUAGAAUUAAUGCCCAGGUCUGAGAUCUACGUCCAUACUAUAAAUUCAACAUAAAUUAAGAUAUGCAAUUCGAUUUUGCUGCGGGGGAAACGGAAAUCAAUAGCUGUAAUCAGUGUAAUGUAAUGAAAAAGAAUUUCUUGCAACAGUAAUAAAUCGAGACAAGUUAUAUAAAUUUAGCCAUCCCUUCUAGGUAAUCACAGGCACUUCAUGCUAAUACAUAUCUGUUAAUGAUGAGAGAAUUGGUAAACACAUAACUCUUUUUAACUCUCCAGAACCGUCAUAGUUACGUCUAGAACGGUGGCAAUCAGAAUCGAAAAAAAGAUAAAGCAAAAGUUCAUCAGCACUGGUGCACCUAAAAAAUUAAUGACCAUAUCAUGAGGCAAGAUGUUUGAUCGGUGUUUGUUUCAAUUGUACAAAGAAAAGUGAACAAGUCCCAAUAUUAAUUAUGUUUAAUGUAUCAACAACAGUGAUAACGUCUUCGACAGUUAUGUUGAAGAACGCCUCAAGUCAACCUUUGCAUUAUGAUGAAUCUCUUGUUGAAACCACUAAAGUUGCCUUGUUUAUCAUAAUUCUUGCAACAGUUUUUGGAAACACUUUGGUCUUGCUUACAACCUGGAAAGAUAAACGUCUUCAUCAACCAAAUAAGUAUUUCAUUGCAUGCUUAGCAGUAGCAGAUCUUCUUGUUGGACUUUUUGUCGUUCCCGUUCGUCUUCACAUGCAAUUAAACAUGGCGGACGUACAACCAUUGUCUCUUUGUCAAUUUUGGAUGUUGGUUGACGGGUUUUGUGAAGCUGCCUCAAUUGUCACCCUGACAGUAAUCAGCGUCGAUCGUUAUUUUAAAAUCAGUUAUCCGUUUAAAUACAGAACAUGGAUGAAUACGUCAAAAUCCCGCAUCAUAAUUGCAAAUAUUUGGUUGAUUUCAUUUGUGGCUGGUUUAUUUUCUGUAUUCACAUUUGAUGGUAGUGAAGGGGUGAUUUCAAAGGCUUAUUCAGGCUGCACGAAUAACAACCCUGUAUACUUUACUGUUAUUUCAGUUUUGUUUUUCUUUUUUCCAUCUAUUACGAUAGUCCUUAUGUAUACAAUUAUCUUCUACAUUGUUCAUAAGAAACGAAAAAUGGAAAGAAAAGGAAAAUUAGGGCAAUCACAUGCAGCUUCCCAACAAAACAGCCGAGGGCAUGUUUUAAUGCAGGAGCUAAAAACAAUACGAAUGCUUUCGUUGGUGGUGUUUACCUUCAUUCUGUGCUGGGGACCAAAUUUCUCUCUAUUGUUAAUUUCAUUGUACACACCGGAGUAUUUGAGUUCGUUGACACAAAUGCAGGCAGCAGUUUUCCGCAAUUUAUUUGUUGUUAUCCUUCCUUCCAUCAAUAGUAUUUGUAAUCCGAUAAUAUACGCAUGUUGUGAUCGUGAGUACAACAAAGCCUUCAAGCAAUUUCUCGCAAAUAACAUGUUUACAGUGUUUUUAUCGCGGCUACAAAGCACUCAUUUGAGUCAAGUCACAAGUUCAAGUAAAAAUAAAACUGAACUAGAGGCUGCAAGCCGGAAAACGUAAGAGAAUUUUUUUCUCGUUUGGCAUUGGAUAUUUACGGUAAAAAUGAUUACAAAAUGCUACAGUGAUCAUAAUUUAUUAUAAUGGUAUAAAGAUGUAAUUGUGCUAUAACUAUCUCUGUUUACGAUGAAUAAAUUAAAAAUGUAUACCUAUAUGUACCAUAAUAUUGUUAAAUAUAUUUAUAAGAUUAUAUAAUAAUCUUAGUAAAGUUGAAAUGUAAAACAUGUAAAUCAAGCAUACAGCUCUUUGCUUUCAAUUUCGAUUCUUAAGCUCAAGCCAAAAGCCAAUAUAAUUUUUACAUUUAAACAAAUGUUAGAAGUGGUUUGCAGAAUUUAUCGUAUACAUAUCAUUCAAGUAUAAGUUUUUUGGCAAAGCAACUUUUUCAACAAUGAAGCGCUUUGUGAACACUUUAUUUGUAAGGUGUAUGAAUAGCUUAAUAAACUGGCUUUGUAGAGCCUUGUUUAUGAUUUAAGAAUUACAAAAAUCUGCUGUUUUCCAUUUGCAAAGACUGCAGUUAGUUUAUUAUGAUCUCAAAA